GAGCGCACGCGGAGCCAUGAGACAGCCCCACCCUCCGAGACAACUCGUGUGAGCAGGCCCUAAGCCUUUUUGUCAUUAACCCUCUUUCACAGAUUCGCCGGGUUUGACAUCAUUUCAGUCGCUAAUAAUCACCUAAACGACUUCAAAGAAGCCGCGGUUAACACGACCGUGAGCACCAUCAGGAGCCUGGGACUUACUCCAAUGGGAUUCAACUAUGGGCGAUACGACUCACCACAGGUUCCAGUCAUUAAAAACGUCCGAGGUGUGAAGAUUGCUUUUCUUGCUUACUGCACCUGGGGGGCUAUAUGUAAACCAAGGACCAUGUUCAAAUCAGGGCCUGCAGUGUACACCAAAGAUAGCGCCACAAGAGAUGUGCAUGCGCUGAGAAAAAAAAAUGAUCCUGAUAUCGUUGUAAUUUUUCUUCAUUGGGGAAAAGAAUAUAUAGAGCAGCCCACAACAGAGCAAAGGACGAUUGCUAAGGAAUUAAUAGCAUUGAACGUUUCGAUGGUGAUAGGGUCGCAUUCACACAGGAUAGAAAAGCACUGUUUCCAUGGCGACUCGCUUGUAUCUUAUGGCCUGGGGAAUUUCCUGUUUCCCCCCUAUGGAAGCGAUGGCAAUCACGAGAUUUUUAACUGGCCCGAAAAGUCACAGCGUGCCCGCAAGCUGAGAAACAAACAUCACGUGAGAAUAGAGGGGUUUGAAGAAAGAGUACAAAGCACAAGGAACCCGACGACAAGGUCCAUGAUCCUUCGCGUGACGGUUAACAAGCAGGGAAUCGUUAAUGCUCAGUACCUCCCUGUAGUCAUCCGAUUUCAUGCAAAGAAGAAGCUUUUCCAGCCCACCCCGGUAUCGAAAGAAUGGAUAAGCGUUUGCAGCGAGCGAGAUACUCACUGUCUGGAGAAGAAGCAGACGUGCGUAUGAGGAAUAACAAAUUAUGUACGUUAAAGGGAUAUUAUUGAAUUAAAUCAGGCAACAGGGA